UAAUUGCACGCUGACCCUUUCCAAAUGAGUUUAUAACUGAUGAAUCCAGAUGAUCUCAUAAGAAAACAAAUGAAAACAAGAAUGUGAGGAAGAAAUAGGACUAUCAAUAUCUUCUUUUUUUUAUUAGUGGUGAGUUGUUUUAUACAAUGAAAAUUAGUAUCUAGAUCAAAACUGAUUUUCUUUUUGCACAUAUAAAAUAAUAAAAAAAAAAUGUGGAUGAUGAGGAGUUGGAUAGAGCCAGUGGUGGCUGGAGCCCAGAUUGCUAGCUCAUUCUAUGAUACAGGACUGCUUUUUGUUGUCAAGAACCGCUACAACAACACUAACCAAUCAUCUAACAGCUCUAGUGAUGCCCUUCAGAGAGCCAUCUCAAACUUCUAUAUAUACUAUAACCUGAUACUGGGGCUGACCCCGUUGCUAUCUGCCUACAUUCUGGCAAAAAUUGGUGAUAAAUACAACAGGAAGGUGACUAUAUGUGUUCCUCUAGCAGGAUACCUCUUAUCCAGACUGCUUCUUCUCUUUGUGAUUCUCCUGGACUGGCCCAUAGAGGUGAUGUAUGGUUCUGCUGCUUUGAAUGGUAUAACAGGCUGGUUUACAGCUUACUGGGCUGGUAUCAUGGCAUUAGCAUCACUGGGAUCUUCUGAAUACAAACGGUCUCUUAGACUUGUUAUUAUUGAAAUGGUGUAUGGGCUGGCGGGAUUUGUUGGCAGCUUAGCAUCUGGACAUAUCUUUAUUCGUUUUAACGUUACAAAUCACGAGGGAACUGUCCUUGUUUCUUGCAGCAUUGCCCUUUAUGCCAUUUGCCUCUUCUACAGUGUUUUUGUUUUGCAAAUUCCACAUGCUGCAGUAGCAGAUCAGGAUACAACCGCUAGUGUAAGGCAAGAGGGUACUUCCAGCACUGGACCCACAGAGCGAUCAAGACUUCUGGGUAAUGUAUCUGAUGAACGACUGACGACGGACUCAAGCAUCAUAACUCAGCUCCCAUCCAAGGUCAUCAUUGCUCUUCUCUUUACCAGUGCCAUCCUUUACAAUGUCGCUAUUGAUGGCUCAGUGGAUGUGCUUAACCUUUUUUUACUUAGAGAACCCCUAAGUUGGGGUCCAGUGGAGAUUGGUUAUGGCAGUGCUGCUGGCUAUCUAAUAUUCCUCACCAGCUUCCUUGGGGUAUAUUUCUUCUCUAAGUGCCUUCCAGAUUUAGUGAUGAUUAUUAUUGGCAUUGUGUCUUUUUGCGUUGGCAUAUUUACCAUGGCCUUUGUGAGAUGGACCUUCAUGUUUUACAUAGCUCGGGCUUUGAUGAUGUUUGCUCUGAUACCUCUACCAACCAUCCGUUCCUUGUUAUCAAAACAUGUGCAAGGGUCUUCAUAUGGUAAAAUCUUUGUUAUACUACAGCUGUGUUUAGCAGUCUCUGCAGUGAUCACAUCAAUUGCAUUUAACAAGAUUUAUCAAGCUACAUUAGACAUGUUCAGUGGAUUCUGCUUUAUACUGUCUGGCAUAAUUACUAUACUGAGCCUUGUCCCUGUCAGCAUUCUGACAUAUCUGCAUCUAUCAAGACGUCAGCGCACCAUCUAACGAAGAAUUUGUGGGAGAGUCUUAAACUUUUUUCUAUUAUUUUUUUAAGCUUUAAAUUAGAUAAUUUUGUGUAUGUAUUUUUUAUAUAUCUUAUACAUUUGUUUGUAAUGUCUUUAGCUGUUUGUGUCCUUUAACAAUUUGUUACAAAAGCAGUUAAUAGCAUGUAAAUAUGUUUAUUUUAUUCUAUCUUACACAUAAAUUUAGGGUUUCUAUGCUUCAAAUCAGAAUUCUAACUACUAUGUAUGUUUUGGAAUUAAUUCUAUUGCAGUCCAUGAGGAGGGAGAGAAAGUAAAAGAGAGAGAGAGAGAUAGAGACCUAAAGGCCUAUUUAUCAAAUGUCUGUCGGACCUGAUCCGACAGUGCGGAUCAGGUCCAACAGACAUCGCUGAAUGCGGAGAGCAAUAUGUUCUCCGUAUUCAGCAUUGCACCGGCAGCUCACAAGAGCUGCUGGUGCAACGCCAACCCCUGCAGA